UAACGCAUCCACCCCAUUUUCGAGUCAAGGAAAAGGGGAAGGUACCAGGGCACCAGACUCCCCACAGUGUCCAUGUUUCUUCUGUCAUGUCUAUGCGUAUCUGAGCGUACUACCCACCGCAACCAACCAGCAAAUCAAGGCCGGAACUAGGAUCUAUCUAUUUACCACAGGACUGUCAGGAACGGUUAUAGACGUAAAGGUUUGUCCUAUUCGUCAUCAUGUUCUGAGAAAAAUCAUCUCAUCAUUCCAGGUUUUGAAAAUCCAACUCAAACUGAAAAACAUUUCCACGUUGAUGAACCAAGCGUCGGUCAUGUUCUGCACCUGACCAGCAGUAGCCUCUAUUCUCGGCACGGACUGUUACCACGACGGCAACUUUUAGAAGAAGUUAAACCCUCUCAUUGACUGAGUGGAGGGAAAAGCGAAAUCUUUAAUCGAAUAAAGUUUUUCCGUUUCUUCACAUUUUUAUCUGCAUUACAAAGGCGAAACGGCGACUUCCAUUGAUUACCCGUCUUUCCUUUGCUAUCCGAUGGAUAUUCACUGCAAAGUAGACCCGUUCUCAGCGAUGCACCGGCACGGCGGUGUGAACCAGCUAGGCGGGGUGUUUGUCAACGGCAGACCCCUACCUGACGUGGUGAGGACAAGAAUCGUAGAACUCGCGCACCAAGGAGUGAGACCCUGUGACAUUUCGAGACAACUACGGGUCAGCCACGGCUGUGUCAGCAAAAUACUGGGCAGAUACUACGAGACCGGAAGUAUAAAGCCAGGAGUUAUUGGUGGGUCCAAACCGAAAGUGGCGACUCCAAAGGUUGUGGAUAAAAUAGCGGACUACAAGCGCCAGAAUCCGACCAUGUUCGCGUGGGAAAUCAGAGACAGACUGUUAGCUGAGGGCGUCUGUGACAACGACACGGUUCCAAGCGUCUCGUCCAUUAACAGGAUAAUACGAACAAAAGUCCAGCAGCCUUUCCACCCGUCUCCAGAUGGAACAUCCCUGUCUGCCCCAGGCCACACCAUGGUUCCGAGCCAGGCCUCUCCACCUGUAACAAGCCCUUCCAACGACCCUGUGGGGUCCUACUCCAUCAACGGCAUCCUGGGUAUUCCCCGGUCAAACGGCGAGAAGAGGAAACGAGAUGAAGAUGGUUCAGAUGGGUCUGGCCCAAACACUGAUUCUCAGGUUAGUGUGGACAGUUUACGGAAGCACCUGCGGGCCGAUGCUUUCACUCAGCAGCAGCUGGAAGCUUUGGACCGGGUCUUUGAACGCCCGUCGUACCCCGACGUCUUCCCGACCUCGGAGCACAUCAAACCGGAACAGGCUAACGAGUACUCCCACUCCCACUCCCUGUCCUCCCUGAAUCCUGGUCUGGACGGCGAGGUCAAACCCAGCCUGUCCUCCAGCAGUAACCAGAACCUGGGCCCCAGUGUCUCUGUGACGCAGAGCUACUCUGUAGGUCGAGACAUGGCCAACACAACCCUACCAGGUUAUCCCCCUCACGUACCCCCCACCGGCCAAGGCAGCUACCCCACCUCAACACUGGCCGGAAUGGUUCCUGGGAGUGAGUUUACAGGAAACCCUUACAGUCAUCCACAGUACACGACCUACAACGAGGCAUGGCGGUUCAGCAACCCAGCAUUACUAAUGCCACAUCCAGAGGUUCCGGACCACCUACUGCUGCCACGGCCUAUGACCGCCACUAGUUACCAUGGAAACCAAAUCAACCACCACCACCACCACCUACACCAUGACUACAACCAUGGCUUCGGCAGCGUCCAUGUUGCCCCGGUGUGAACAGAGGGCAUGAGGGGAUACCGUUAAGACAGCUAACAGGCAGCUCCAUUUCCUGUAUAUCACACUACUACACACAACAGAAGAAGAACGGUCCUCCUGGAUACCACACUACUACACACAACAGAAGAAGAACGGUCCUCCUGGAUACCACACUACUACACACAACAGAAGAAGAACGGUCCUCCUGGAUACCACACUACUACACACAACAGAAGAAGAACGGUCCUCCUGGAUACCACACUACUACACACAACAGAAGAAGAACGGUCCUCCUGGAUACCACACUACUACACACAACAGAAGAAGAACGGUCCUCCUGGAUACCACACUACUACACACAACAGAAGAAGAACGGUCCUCCUGGAUACCACACUACUACACACAACAGAAGAAGAACGGUCCUCCUGGAUACCACACUACUACACACAACAGAAAAAUACCUGAUCGUUCGGGAUACCAUGCAGACAACUUCCCAUCAACCAUGAAUUUGGAUACUUUCAAAGUAGUGUAAAAUGUAAAAUUCUUCGUUCUGAUCUGCGUGACUGUACAUUACCACUAGAGACUUUGAAAGACUAUAUAUACGUGAUACUACUGAGGUGACUGAGGUAAAAAAAAAAAAAAAAAAACUACAAGUUUUGAAAAUGAAAAGGAGGAAUUUGUAUCUUUUCCUUUUUUGUAAUGGUCCUCCGUUUGUUUUUCCUCCUUCGUGGAUCAAAACGUUACAUUACUUGACUGAUCUGUCGGCUGACGGAGGAACCCGUCCUGAGCUGAGAGUCCAGUACAGUAUAGUAGCAGGCUGUUGUUCCCCUUCCUUCUGCAUCGGUGUGAACCAUCUACUCUACGGGCAGUGCAAUGAGAUCAAAGCUAAAGACAUUGGCGUCGAUGCGACUAAGGCUGCCGCAGCUUGGUUCCACUCCUCUAUAACAAACAAACGUACAGUCAUUUUUGUAACCAACCAAACGUUCAAGCAUGAUUAAAUGAAUCAGUUGCUUUUUUUGAUGAUGAUACCAGGAGCAGAUUAUAAGGCGGUGUUCUCUGUGAUACACAAUCAGACGGGGGAAAAUGGAAAGUCAACAAGAAAACGCUGAAUUGAUAAAUGAGAAGGACAUUGUGACAUACUGUGGACUUCUAAUUUACAAGUUUUAAAAAUAAAAAAAAACCUAGUAAAUAUAUUCUUAAAGAUUUUUUUAUUUUGUUUUUAUAAUUGUUAUUGACAUCUUAAUGAAUUGCAAAUAAUAUGCUUGACUUUUUGUUGUUAUCAUUUUUAUUUGUCAGGAUACUAGAAAUAAUCAGGCAGAAUCUAUUUUGUAUUUGUUUUUAAUUUUGCACUAUUUUUGAGUUUUGACACACUGGGAGCGCUAUUAUGCAGACUUUGACCUGGAGGUUUGACACACUGGGAGCGCUAUUAUGCAGACUUUGACCUGGAGGUUUGACACACUGGGAGCGCUAUUAUGCAGGCGUUUGAACCUGGAUGCCUAUUUGUCUUGUUUUACAGUAUGUUAUUACGUUGAAGAACCGUUCCAAGGAAGAAGAAACGUGUAACCAUGACUUCAUCGUGACAUCAUCGUGACAUCAUCACGACAUCAUCACGACUUCAUCGUGACAUCAUCAUGACAUCAUCGCGACAUCAUCACGACUUCAUCGUGACUUCAUCACGACAUCAUCACGACAUCAUCGUGACUUCAUCACGACAUCAUCACGACUUCAUCGUGACUUCAUCGCGACAUCAUCACGACAUCAUCACGACUUCAUCGUGACUUCAUCGCGACAUCAUCAUGACAUCAUCACGACAUCAUCACGACUUCAUCGUGACAUCAUCACGACUUCAUCGUGACAUCAUCAUGACAUCAUCACGACAUCAUCACGACUUCAUCGUGACCUUUUGGUCUGGAGAGGCACUUCAGACGUCGUUGCUUUCUGUUGACCGUUUCAUUGACUUCCCAGUAGCAUUAUGUCUGGAGACGCUUCGGUAACACUACUGCAAUUCCCCAGUUUGACUCUACCUUAUGUAGUACGCUUACUAUCCACACAUACUCAACCCGGGAAGUUAGCUCGCUAGCGUUUUAAGGUUGAACCUAAGUCUUUGGCAUGAAGAUAUAGCAUAACAUUUGCUCAAUGAACUAUUUUUCUUUGACUAACUAAUUAAAUCAUUAAUAGUCAAGUAUAAUGGUUAUUGCUUGCAUCCUGCAUGGCACCCUAUUCCCUUUAUAGUGCACUACUUUUGACCAGAAGUAGUGCACUACGUAGGGAAUAGGGUUCCAUUUGAUACGCAGAAUAGUAUAGUUAGUAUAGUCAUUUAAUUCUGAUGUCGCCCUCGUCACAUAAUGAUGUGUCAACAAAAUUUUCAACUUAAAAGCAAAGGCAAAGAUUUCAGUUUAAAUGCCUUAAUCAUAUGCAGGUUGUUGUUUUGUUUAUGUUUUGUCAAGGUUUCAACUUCCUAUAUAUAUUUUUUCUUUUAGUUUUGUCAUAUAAAACGUCAUGUGACUUAUCCAGUUGGUUUGUCUUGAAAUCACACCGGUAACACCGACCUGGCUGGAAGAAUGGGAGAAAAAAAACGUGAUUAAACAUUACCUUACAUCGUUUAACUGUCAAGUGAAUGUAUUUUUUUACCACAUUUGCCAAAGACUUUAGUUCUUGUUCUUGUUUCUUCUAUUUACAGCCUGCAUACGUCUGCAUUGUGAGAGCAGUAUUAUAGGGAGAAAACACACACAAAUUGUCCGUUGAUGAAAGCACAUGUAUCAAUUCUAUGCAGAGCAGAGAACGGUCGUCAUUAUUAUGCAUAUUUAGCUGUAAAAACCCAUAGGAAGGUGAUUGAAUUUAUUUAAUGUUAUGUUAUUUACAAAACUGUUGAUUUAUUUGUAGAAUAAUUUGUGUAUAAUGUGAAAACACUUGACUUUCACUCUGUAAAUACAGUCAAAUAAUAUGUACAUCUCUGAUCAUCCGUGUUAUGCCCUCUCGUCCACUGGAGUCUCACUGGUACAGUUCAACAAUAAAGUGUCUAAAG